GUCAGUUUGGCUCGGAGAAUAGCCUCUUUUUCCUACAAAAUGAAGUUUGUUUGUUUGUGUAUUGUUAUUAUUUAUUCAGUACAAUCAUCAUUCACGCUUCCUCAGAAAUUUAAACGUGAUGCUAAUAUCACGGGAUUACGUGAACUUGAUGCCGUUCCUAUCGAAGCCAGUAGUGAAGUCGUGGAUACUAUUAUUGUCAAAGCUGUCGAAAUACCCGAAGAAAGGGUAACCUAUGAGGGCUCACAAUUGUGGAGAGUCCUUGCCGACAAUGAACAAUCUGAUUUUGUGUCUUACCUUCAAGAUACUGGAGAAGUUACCAAGUGGACUGGAAAUGAUUCAACGGUUGAUGUUCUUGUUCGUCCUGAUAUGAUUCCACGUGUAUCGCGCUUUUUACGCGAACGUCAGGUAAAAUAUGAUGUGAUUAUACCAGAUAUUCAACAAGCAAUAGAUCAAGAAAAUCCAUUGCCAUCACCUGAAGAACUGGAAGAGCUUGAAGGAAGAAAAGCUCGUUAUGCUUGGUGGAAGGAAGUCAAGUUACGACGUAAUUUAUAUUUGCGUCCUCGUGCUCCUCUUCAUUAUCCUGUAGCUAGUGUACAUGGUGAUGGAAAAGGCCUUUGGCAAUACAAGGGUGAGGUCUUACGAAUAAGUAAAGGCGAUCCAAAUGUACCAGCUAUUUGGAUAGACGGCGGGAUUCACGCUCGUGAGUGGAUUUCUCCUGCAUCUGUGACCUAUAUUAUUAAUUAUUUGGUUGAAAAUAGCGAUGAACUUCAAGCUGAUUAUUAUAUUUUACCGGUUGUUAAUCCUGAUGGAUACGAGUAUACUUUCCGAGGAGACAGAUUGUGGCGAAAAAAUCGUAGCAGUCCCGAAAAAGGUGGUGUGUGUAUUGGCGUGGAUUUAAACAGAAAUUUCGGGUACCGAUGGGGAGGUCUUGGUACAAGUAAGCAGCCUUGCAGAGAAAUUUUUGCAGGCACUGGGCCGUUUUCAGAGCCUGAAACAGCGGCAAUGAAAAAUUUCUUCGAAGCCAGCGCUGCUAAUUUCAAGGCUUAUUUGUCAUUCCAUAGUUAUGGUCAAUAUAUUUUGUAUCCGUGGGGCUAUGACAGAAGAGUACCACCAGAUUACGCAGAUUUAGAACGUGUAGGGCAAAAAUCGGCAUCAGCGAUGAAAGCUGCGGGCGGUUCUGGUAGUAUUUACACGGUAGGUAAUAGUGCAACGACACUUUAUGCGGCUGCUGGUGGUUCUGAUGACUGGGCCAAGGCGAUUCUCAAGAUCAAGUAUGCUUAUACAAUCGAAUUGAGAGACAAGGGUAAAAGUGGCUUCAUUCUACCGGCUCGUUAUAUAAUUCCUACGGCUAAAGAAGCACUUGCUGCUGUUUUAACUAUUACUGAAGCUAGUAAAUCUGUAUAA